AUGCCUCCCAGAAAUUCAGAGAACCUGGGAUCCUCACUUCCGCCUCCAUCGAAUUUGAACAAGCCUUUGGCCUCCCAAAGGGACGACUUGCAUCCAGCUCCAGGGCGUAAACCGAAAGUAGAAGAUCUUGGAUUCUGCGAAUUUUCUUCUGGGACCAAUCCUGUUGUCGAUAUCGUGGCUAUUCACGGCUUAGAUGGGCACAGGGAAAAGACAUGGAUGACAGGAGAUGGCACUCUAUGGCUACGCAACUUCCUGUCUACCGACUUGCCCAACGCCCGCGUCCUCAGCUAUGGUUAUGAUGCCAACACGGGUGAUCAGGAGUGCAUAUCGACUCAGACUAUGCGCCGGCAUGCUGACGGGUUUGCCAACGCGCUCGCAAGGAAACGCAGGGAGGCUCCUCGACGACCAAUCAUCUUCAUCGCACAUAAUCUGGGCGGAAUUAUCCUUAAAUGGGCCCUGGUUAUAUGCCAUAAUCAGAGGGUAACGUCGAAGUGUAACCUUCGAAACAUACUAGUGUCCACUCAUGCGAUCCUGUUCUUUGGAACUCCACAUUCAGGAGUGGAAGACAACAUGCUGGAGGCCAUCAAACGCGUGGCGUCGGUGUACAUGUAUACGACGGAUGUGAUCCUCAGAGAUCUUCGGGCUAAUUCAUCUGAGCUUGAAAACGUGCAGAGUCUCUAUCUUGAGGCGAGCGACAAGAUUAAUACGAUGUUCUUCUAUGAAGAGUAUGCCACAGAGGGGCAGAGAGAACCGUUCGUCCCUUAUCACUCCGCCACGAUUGCCGGGGACCGCGAAGCAAACUCAAUUGUCCUCCAUGCGAACCACCACGAUCUUGUGAGGUUUGGAAGCAAAGAGAACGUCAACUACGAAACCGUUAUCGACUACCUCACGGAGUAUGUUCAAAGUGCCUCCGCGCAGGUGGGGCCGAAGUGGGUGACAGAGGACAGAUUUCGGAGCGCUGCAAUGGGACAGUCCAACCCUGAGCAGGAUUUGCCACCGAGAUAUGUCGAGAAGGCUACAACUUAG